AUGAAUCUAACGAUAUUAUCUAUCCCGCCUGAAGAUCGAGUUAGCUUAACAGUCCGAGAUCUUACAGUAUCAAUACCUUCAAAGAAGAAACAUAAGCAAGAUCUCGGGGAGAAACCAGUUACAGAAGAGGCGAGAAUUCUCGAUGGGGUUUCAUUUAAUAUAAAUGAAUCCGAAUUAGUGGCCAUUGUUGGAGGUUCAGGAAGUGGUAAAACAACCUUAUUGAAUACAUUGUCGUCUAGAUUAAAUGUUGACAAUAAACAAAUGAUUUUCUCAGGAUAUAUCAAUUAUUCAACAGUAAGUGAGGAAACAAAGAUAAAGAAUUCAUAUUUAUUACAAGAUGAUGUAUUUUUGGAUCGUUUAACUGUAUUUGAAACUCUUCAAUUCCAAGCUGAUCUUCGUUUACCCAAAAGCGUCACACAAUUAGAGAAACUCAACUUGAUUAACGCAUUAUUAGAUGCAUUAGAGUUGAAUCAUUUACGACAUACCAUGCUUACAUCAGGUUCAAUUACUUUAUCAGGUGGAGAACAACGGAGAUUAUCAUUGGCCAUACAAUUGUUGAAUAGACCGUCACUUUUAUUCUUAGAUGAACCUACUACUGGGUUGGAUGGAAGUUCCUCAUUAAAAUUAAUUCAAAUUUUGAAACAAUUAUCCCUGAAGGCUAUUGGUAUAACUAUUAUUAUUUCCAUUCAUCAGCCACGGAUUGAGAUCACGAAAUUAUUUGAUAAAAUAUGUUUAUUGACAAAAGGUGGUAGAUUAGUUUAUUUUGGAAGUUUGAUUGAUUCGGCCAAUUAUCUCAAUCAAGUAAGUACAUUAAACGUAGAAACAGACCAUAAUGAAAAGGAAAAUACGAGAGAAUCAAAUAACUUCGUCGAUUUCAUUAUGGAUUUAUCGGUGAAGGACUCUUCUACCAAACGACAAGAACAAUUAACCACCCAGAGGAUUGAUAAAUUGGUACAGUGUUGGAAAGAUCAAUCAAAGCACAUUUUCCUUCCAGUGACUCCUAAAACGGAUAAUUGUUUUCAAGAUUUAAUUAUUAUGCUUUCACCUCCACAAAAUUCAAGAAUUUCAUUCAUGACAGAGGUUUCAAUAUUAACCAAAAGGACUUUCAUAACCACUUAUAGAGAUUCAUUUUCUCUCUUGGCGAUGGAUGGAGGUUCUCUUGUGUUGGCUCUCAUUACUGGUUGGUUAUUCUUUAAGCCAAAGCCUGAUUUAGCUGGUAUUAGAUCAAUAACAUCAGCCGUGUAUAUAAUGAUAGAAAUUGUCGGAUUUUGUCCUGUUUUCAUUGAAUUGGAAAGAUUAUGGGAUGUUGAGGGGAUUAACUUCUUUCGAGAACAUAAAGAACAGUACGUAUCUAUCACUGGGUUUAUCAUUUCAAGAAGAGCAGGAAAGCUUUUAUUAGAAGAUUUACCUAUUGCUAUUAUCUUCGCAAUUAUUACGUUUUUUAUGUGGGGGUUAAGAGGUGGUGUUGGUCAUUUUUUUAUUUAUUUAGUUAUUACUAUCUUAACUUCAUUAGUAGGUAUGGCAUCUGCAAUGGUUUGUUUUGCUAUUGGUAGAGAUUUUGCUAUUGCCAUUAUGAUCUUUAAUUGUUUUUAUCAAUUACAAAAUAGUGCUUGUGGUUAUUAUAUCAAUGCCGCAACUAUGCCAGUGUAUGUGAGAUGGUUGAAAUAUACGGCAUAUUUUUGGUAUGCUUUUGGAGCUUUAACAUCGAAUCAGUACUCUAAUUGGCAUGGUGCUUGUCCUGUUGGACCUGGUGUUGAUUGUACUGAAUACUCUGGUAAUUAUCAAUUAGCAGUAUUGGGAUUUCCUGUUAAUUGGAUUGGAGAACCGAUUGGAAUACUAGUAGCGUGGUGGAUUGGAUUUUUAAUCUUAACCUGUAUAGGGCUUAGAUUUAAGAAUUAUGAUAUGGCAAUGUCAAAAAAGAAGAAGAAUAAAAUUGGUGGUGAGGAAGAAGAAGAUCAACUAACUGACGAUCAAACUUCAGAUAAACAUAAAUCCGAUAACUUGCAAAUUACAUCUCCAGCGUUACCUACGGAUACCACCCUUACUACUAAUGAAGGUAUAAGUAUUACCAUCGAAAAUCUUCAACUUUCUGUAUCCCCUAAAACAUUCAUUGGAAAAAAGUCGACAAAGUUAUUGUUGGAUGGUGUUAGCGCUAAUUUUACUAGUUCGUCAAUUAAUGUCAUAAUGGGUCCAUCAGGAAGUGGUAAGACUACAUUAUUGAAUUAUCUAUGUAGCAGACUUUCAAAAUCAUCAAACUUUAAUGGUCUGGGGAGUAUGUUUAUCAAUGGUUGGCAAUCUCUAACUACAGAAGAACUUUCUCAAAUUGCAGGUUAUGUUUCGCAACAUGAUACAUCAUUAAUUCCUAAUUUAACAGUUCGAGAAACUCUUUAUUUCCAAGCUCAAUUAAGAUUCCCCAAACUGGAAAAUCGGAGUGAAAUUCCAGCUUUGAUAAAUACAUUAAUAAGAAAGAUGGGUUUAAAAGAUUGUGCGGAGACGUUAAUUGGAUCAGAAUUUGUGAAAGGUAUAAGUGGUGGAGAAAGAAGAAGAGUUUCAAUAGCUACUCAAUUAUUAAGUCGUCCCAAGAUUUUAUUCCUAGAUGAACCUACUUCAGGAUUAGAUUCUGCUACCGCAUUAUCAAUCUUGACUUUAAUUAAUGAUCUUGCUAAAUGGAAUAAAUCAACUAUCAUUCUCACUAUUCAUCAACCAAAUGAAGAUAUGAUUAAACAAUUUGAUACCAUUUUAUUAUUAAGUAAAGGUGGUAAAGUUAUUUAUAGUGGAGAAUCUACACGAGUUAAAACAUAUUUUGAAUCAAUGAAGUAUCCUAUACCUCACAAUCAAAAUAUUGCAAAUCACAUAUUAGACUUAGUUUCUCGUAGCAUGGAAGAAGAAGAAGAAACAUUUCAACAAAGAAUAUUAUACUUGAUAUAUCAAUGGAAGCAACAUGGAACAGAAUAUCAACCAACAAUACCUCGACAUGAAAUCAGCUUAGAAUAUUAUAAACGGAAAAGAUCACCCUUUCGAAUCACUUUAUUCACUAUCGCAAGUCGACAAUUCCUAAACACACUUCGUACCUUCGAUAUCCUUUUCGCCAGAUUAUUCCAAACAAUAUUCUUAGGGAUAAUACACGCCUUGUUUUUUUCUCCUUUGAAGCAUACUACUCAGGGUAUAGCCAAUCGACUUGGGUUAGUCCAAGAAGUGCUUAAUUUAUAUUUCGUUGGUUUAAUCAACAAUAUCGCACUAUACCCCACCGAAAGAGAUAUCUUCUACCACGAAUAUAAAGAUGGUAUAUAUGGAGUAGCAGCAUUCACAUUAUCUUAUUUAUUCAUCGAACUUCCCAUGGAAAUCAUCCCAAGCAUGAUAUUCAGUGCAUUAGUGGUAUUUGUGGUAGGUCUUCCAAGAACAGCUCCAAUGUUCUUUUCUAUGCUUCUUUGUUCAUUCGUAUCGAUUAAUGCAGGUGAAUCAUUGGGUAUAAUAUUGAAUAGUCUAUUGCAUCAUUUAGGUCUCGCCACCAAUGUAUUGUCUAUCAUUAUAAUGAUUGCGGUGUUCAUGGGUGGUACUAUGUCUUUACAAAUGCCAGGUUUCUUUAAAGGUAUUAAUUAUAUUAAUCCCAUGAAAUAUGCGGUAGAUAUAACUGCUCAAUUAGGCUUUGAAAAUCAAACCUUUAAAUGUAUUGAAGGAGUAAAUUGUGCUUUAGAUAGUGGGAAAGCAGUAUUAGAAUAUUAUAAAUUAGGAGGUUCAUUGGGUGUUAAUAUUGGUGCUUUAGUAGCAUGUUUUGUGGUUUAUAGAUUAAUAUCAAUUUUAGCUGUAUAUAUUAGAGUUAAAUUUUAUAAUUAA